AUGAAUGGACUUUUUGUACUCUUCCUUCUAAUCUACCUGAUGACUCUUAUCAUAAACCUUCUUAUCUUUUUCCUGGUCCUCACUGACCAUCAUCUGCACAACCCCAUGUAUUUUUUUCUUGGCAACUUGGCUUUUCUGGACAUGUCUUAUUCAUCGGUGACUGCACCGAGGAUGCUCUUUGACUUGGUCACCAAAAGCAGAUCAAUUGCCCUCCCUGCCUGUACAGCCCAAGUCUUCUUCUUUCUCUACUUUACCAGCUCAGAGCUCUUCUUACUCUCGGCCAUGUCCUACGACCGCUACAUUGCCAUCUGCCACCCUCUUCAUUACACACAAAUUAUGUCUUGGAGAGUCUGUGCUUAUAUGGCCUCUGUGGUCUGGGUUGUGGGAUGUAUUUGCUCUUUGAUUCAUACUUUAUUUUUGCCCAGGUUGUCCUUCUGUGGUCCAACUUCCAUCCACAACUUAUUUUGUGACCUUCCACACUUGUUUCAAAUUGCAUGUACUGACCCCUUCGUAAACAUAAUCGUCAUAUUCAUAGCAGGUGCUAGUCUUGGAUUAGGAGCCUUUCUUUUGACCUUUCUUCCAUGUGUCCGUAUUUUCAUUACCAUUCUCAGAAUCCGUAGCAAGACCGGGAAGCUGAAAGCUUUCUCCACCUGCACAUCACACCUCACGGUGGUCUUCAUCUUUUAUGGCUCCUUAAUUUUCAUUUACUUGGUUCCCACCUCCAGCAAUAUGUACAAUGUGAACAAACUGUUUUCAGUCAUGUAUGCCCUCAUUAACCCUUUGCUUAAUCCUCUGAUCUACAGUCUGAGGAAUAAAGAUCUUAUGGAGGCACUUAAGAGGUCUUUUUAUCACAUAAAGUCAGUAAAAGGGUGA